CCUUGGCCAAUUUGGGCAUCGGCAUGCCUGGUCAGUCCCUUCUCCUACAAGCUCAUGUGACCCAAGGCUGGCUAUAAAUAGCCAAGGAACUGUGAACAAAGACAGAAUCCCAGAGUCUGAGAAGAGCCGAGAGGAAAGGAGCAAGGCAAGAGUCUUUGGAACUUGGGGCGCCCACUCAGUGCGUGCUUGUGAAGCCAGAAGCUGCUUCCCCCAAGGGAUGGAUUAUAAGUCAGGUCUGAUUCAUGAUUCGAACCCCAUGGAAAACCUGGAGAAGCAGUUGGUCUGCCCCAUCUGUUUGGAGAUGUUCACCAAGCCCGUGGUCAUCCUGCCCUGCCAGCACAACCUAUGCCGAAAAUGUGCCAACGAUAUCUUUCAGGCUGCAAACCCCUACUGGUCCAACCGAGGUGGCUCCAUUUCAGGAGGCCGUUUCCGAUGCCCAUCCUGCCGCCAUGAGGUGAUCAUGGACAGGCAUGGGGUGUAUGGGCUUCAGAGGAACCUACUGGUGGAAAAUAUCAUUGACAUCUAUAAACAAGAAUGUUCAAGCCGGCCCCUGCAGAAGGGCAACCACCCCAUGUGUAAGGAGCAUGAGGAUGAGAAGAUCAACAUUUACUGCCUGACCUGCGAGGUGCCCACCUGCUCCAUGUGCAAAGUAUUUGGGGCCCACAAGGCCUGCGAGGUGGCCCCACUGCAGAACGUCUUUCAGGGCCAGAAGACAGAGCUGAGCAACUGCAUCUCCAUGCUGGUAGCUGGGAAUGACAGAGUGCAGACGAUCAUCACUCAGCUGGAAGACUCCUGUAGAGUUACCAAGGAGAAUAGCCAUCAAGUGAAGGAGGAACUGAGCCAAAAGUUUGAUGUCCUGUAUGCCAUCUUAGAUGAGAAGAAGAGUGAGCUGCUACAGCGAAUCACUCGGGAGCAAGAGGAGAAGAUCAGCUUCAUUGAAGCCCUGAUACAGCAGUAUCGGGAGCAGCUGGAAAAGGCCACCAAACUGGUGGAGACAGCCAUCCAAUCCAUGGAUGAGCCAGGAGGAGCCGCCUUCCUGAUGAAUGCCAAGCCACUGAUCAAAGCCAUUGUGGAAGCAUCCAAGGGCUGCCAUCUAGGCAAGAUAGAACAAGGCUUUGAGAACAUGGGUUACUUCACCUUGGAUCUGGAGCACAUAGCAGACACCUUGAGGGCAAUUGACUUCAUGUCAGACGAGGAAGAAGAAGAGUUCAUCGAGGCAGAGGGGGAUGAGGAAGAGGAAGAAGAGCCCGCUGGAGGGGAAGGUGGGAGGAGUACAGGAAGGAGGCAGGAAGAUCUCCAGUGAGAAAACCCAAGCCAAGAGAGAGACAGGAGAAAAGAGGCCUCACCCAGGAGAGGAGUCUUUGUGGCAAGCCCCGAGCUCAGAGGGGAGAAGGAUCCCACCUCUGCCAGGUCGCAGAGACUGGACACACCCCAUGGCCUAGCAAGUGGCCACUCACCCAGGCUUAGAGACUUGUUGAAACAAAACACACAGGACACUUUUCUACGUUGGUGCAAAAUGGAAUGUUUUGUACAAUUUCUUUUUUAAUGUUUUUUUUUGUAUAUAACUGUAAAUGUAUAUGGAUCUGGUGCUUUCUGGAAAAAGACUUUGCACAUUGUGCAGGGGAGGAAGGUCAUUGUGUGGAAUGAUUAGAAGUGGUCAGAGAUGCUGAGGGAUUGGGUACUUGGCAGCUGUCCGGGCCCCUCUCCACACCACUUUCUGGGCCUAGAAAGAAAGAGUGUACUGUACUUUAAUGCAUAUUCCUGUCACACAGGGUACUUACUGACUGAAUUUAUGUUGCACAUUGUUCAAAUAAAUGCACAGUUCUAUCAGA